AUGGAAGGAGUUAGUGUCUUGAAGAAAAAUUCUAAAGGAAAGAAAGAUGAUCUUUAUCAUGUUAUCCAUAAGGUUCCUUUUGGUGAUAGUCCUUAUGUCAAAGCCAAACAUGCUCAGUUGGUGGAUAAAGAUCCAGAAGCAGCUAUAGUGUACUUUUGGAAGGCGAUUAAUGUCGGAGACAAAGUGGAUAGUGCUUUGAAGGAUAUGGCUGUUGUGAUGAAGCAAUUAGAUAGAACUGAAGAAGCUAUUGAAGCCAUCAAAUCUUUUAGAGGUCUUUGCUCCAAACAUUCUCAAGAAUCCCUUGAUAAUGUUCUUUUAGAUCUUUACAAGAAAUGUGGAAGAGUUGAGGAGCAAAUUGACUUAUUGAAAAGAAAGCUAAGACUUAUCUAUCAAGGAGAGGCCUUUAAUGGAAGGACUACAAAGACUGCCCGUUCUCAUGGCAAGAAGUUCCAAGUUUCAAUCAAGCAAGAAACGGCCAGAUUAUUGGGAAAUUUGGGCUGGGCCUACAUGCAAAAGACAAACUACAUGAUGGCUGAGGUAGUUUUCAAGAAAGCCCAAAUGAUAGAUGCUGAUGCCAACAAGGCUUUAAAUUUGACCUUAUGCUUAAUGAGACAAUCUCGAUAUGAAGAAGCUUAUUUAGUUCUUGAACAAGUUUUGCAAGGAAAACUUCAAGGUUCUGAUGAAAUCAAGUCUCAAAAUAGAGCUGAAGAAUUGCUUAUAGAGUUGAAUGCAAACUUGCCACAACCUAAGUUUAUGGAUGAUUUAGGGCUUGAUGAUGAUCUUGUGAAGGGAAUUGAUGGGUUGCUUAAUGUGUGGAGUCCAAUUAGAUCAAGAAGACUUCCCAUCUUUGAGGAAAUAUCUUCUUUUAGGGAUCAAUUGGCUUGUUAA